AUGGGUGGUGUUAAAAAUGAAAAGUCAGGGCGGCCCGCCAUCCCAAACAUGGCGGCUCCGCUGGGCGGUAUGUUCUCCGGGCAGCCUCCGGGGCCGCUGCCACCCCCGCCGGGACUCCCGGGCCAGGCUUCCCUUCUCCACGCAGCGCCUGGCGCGCCGAGAACUUCUAGCAGCACCUUGGUGGACGAGUUGGAGUCGUCAUUCGAGGCUUGCUUUGCUUCUCUCGUGAGUCAGGAUUAUGUCAAUGGAACCGAUCAGGAAGAAAUUCGAACUGGUGUUGAUCAGUGUAUCCAGAAGUUUCUAGACAUUGCAAGACAGACAGAAUGCUUCUUUCUACAGAAAAGAUUGCAGUUGUCUGUCCAGAAACCAGAGCAAGUUAUCAAAGAGGAUGUCUCAGAACUAAGGAAUGAAUUGCAGCGGAAAGAUGCGCUGGUGCAAAAGCAUUUGACAAAGCUAAGGCAUUGGCAGCAGGUGCUGGAGGACAUCAAUGUGCAGCACAAAAAGCCAGCCGAAGUCCCUCAGGGCUCCUUGGCCUACCUGGAGCAGGCUUCUGCCAAUAUCCCUGCGCCUCUGAAGCAGACCUGAGAGGAGUCUGGCCUACAAGGUAGCCUCUUGAAGACAGUUUCACCAAACCUCUCAGUGUGGAUGUGACAUUUUAGAAGAAUUAUUUGCCAGGGGAUGAGUUGGUGUUAAUUUUGUUUCCACCUAAAAAUUUCCCUGAUUUUUGUGAACUGUUAAUUACUUGAUUAGUUUAUAAAAUGCUUAUGGCUUGGUGAACCAAGUGAGAUUUGGUUUUGUUUGUAGCAAAGUUUAGACUUAGUUUGAUGACAUAGAUUCUUUCUUGUUUUUUUGCUUGUUUUUAAAAUUUUUAUAUGACUUUUAUAUACUUUUUUCCAGUUGUUAGUUUGUUAUUAUCUGAGGGGGAAAAUUACAAUACUCCAGAAUCAGGGGAGAAGGAGUUUGGUUUUAGUCCUUUAACAUUUACUACCCAUUCAUGAUAGUAGAGAAAAAUGUAAAUUUGCUGUCUCAAGACUUUGAACUACCUCAAGAAGAGGAAUCUAAUGCAGCGUUUGUAAUGCUUCCAUAGUAGCGCAGAUAUUUUGUAAAUUUUUUUGUAAAUGGUCAGAAAAAGGGUUAAAAUAUGCCGUUGGUGUAGUAAUAUCACAGUAGAUCCUUAAUUUGAUGCUGCCUUUUGUUAGGUGAGUUUGUGUUGUGUGGUGUUGCCUGUUUGAUGGGGAGCUAUACUAGGAGCAUGAUAUGCUAGAUGCCUUGCAGUAGUUAACCAGCAUGAGUAACAAGCAGACCCAGUCUCUAGCAGGACAGCUGGGACACAGGUGAAGUACGAGGGGUCAAAGCUUGGUCUGAUUCUUUUUCUUCUGAAUUUUGUGUUGUUUGCUUGUGUUUUUGUUUUACUUUUUGGUGAAGAAAAGUCAGUUUACAUGAAGGAAGAGUCUUGCUCAUGAAUUUGAUUGCCAGGGACUAGGGCCUUGGGGCAGAGGUGAACUGCAGAGUGAUCCUCGGCUCCUUCACCUCCAUAGAGAGCUUGUGACUCCUCUGGGGAGGGUAUUUGCCCCGUGUUGGAGGAGGUUUUCUGUUCUCUGUUGUAUCUUUUCUUAGAUUACAUCCCUUCAGCCAGUACAGACACUCCACUGUCUUCUGAGUAGUCAGUAGGUCUGUGGCUCUUUUGUCCUCUCUGACAAGGAAGAUCCUUCCCCACACGCUUUGAUAUCCACUCUUGUUCCUGGUCUGGCCUGGGUGCCACCUGGUUGAGAAGCCUCCACUCCAUUCCAAGGCACAGGACUUUCAUUCCUUCCACUGCCUUGUGGGUUAGGGUAUGGUAUUUGUUUCUGUGCCCCUUGCUGCAUUGUAUGCUCAUGGGAAGUAGGCAUUACUCCUAUUAGGCGCUGAAUAUACACAACAUGUAUUUUACAUAAUACUUUGUUUUCUCUUUGUGUAUAUGUAUGUGUGUAUAUAUAUAUUACUCAUUUUGUUUGUGCACUUUAAGGAUGAUAUUUGUUUUGUGGACCUGUGACCUAUGUUGAUCAGCCUGAGGCUAGCAUAUUCCCUUGAUUGGAAUGUAUAGGUGGAAACUUAAAAGUUAUUUUUUACUCAUAAGGGUUUAACCUGGUCAUCUUAUGCUAAUUAGAAGCUCUGAUUGGCAGCUUUAGGUUUCUUGAUUAAAAUCCUAAAUAAACUAAGUUUGAAGCAGUCUUUCAAUGAUAAAGGUGUUUUUGGUGAAAAGAUAGGGAACUGUUCUACUCGGUGCUUAGUGAAAAUGUUUUGAAUUAGUGUGUAUACAAGUUAUUGUCAUUUCUUUAUAUUAAUUCAGAAGUUUUCUGUUAAAUAAA